AAUAUCUCAGUCCCGUACUUAAAAAUUCCAAGUUCAAAGAAACUGGUUGCAUUACACCUGAAGAGUUUGAAGCCGCUGGUGACUUUUUGGUCUACAAAUGUCCGACUUGGAGCUGGGCAAGUGGUGAAGUGAGCAAAAGACGAGAUUAUCUUCCAGUCGAAAAGCAAUUUCUUAUUACAAAAAAUGUUCCUUGCUUAAGACGCGUAAAGCAGAUGGAAUAUACAGAUGAAGAUGCAGAAACCCAAAUCGAAACAGAGAAUGGUGAAGAUACAUGGGUUGCCACUCAUAGUGGUCGCGCAACAACAAAUAUCGAAGAAAUCGCACAACAAAUCGAAGGAGAUGAAGAUGAAAUUUGUAAAAAAAUAAGUAACGUUGUAUUAGAUGAUGCGAAUGAUAAGGAAGAAGUUGACGCAACGUUAGCUGAAGCUAGCAACAUGGGAACAUCGUCACAUGACGAUGGACCGAGUGACAAAAUUCUUCAAGUGCGAACAUACGAUGUAUUUAUUACGUAUGAUAAAUAUUAUCAAACACCCCGCAUGUGGCUAUUUGGCUAUGAUGAGCAUCGACGACCACUGACUUCGAUCCAAACUUUUGAAGAUAUUUCUCAAGACUAUGCUAAAAAAACCGUGACCAUUGAAACACAUCCACAUUUGAAUAUGUCCUUGGCUAGCAUUCAUCCAUGUCGUCAUGCUCAAGUUAUGAAAAAAAUUAUCGAAAAGAUGAAUGAAGAAAGCGUAAAAAAAUUCGAAUUAUUCCAACAGCAAUUUGGUAAUGCUGCAGGGUCUAACGCACCGCAGGUAGAGCAAGCACAAGUGAGAGUUGAUCAGUAA